AUGUCUCUCGUCAACCUUGCCGCUGUGUGCUCCCACCUGAACAAUGCCACCAAGGCCCGCCUGGGUCUUACCUCCAUCCCCAACAGCAAUCUUCACCUGAAGCUCUGCCAGGCCCUGCAGAACUCGGGCUACAUCUCCUCCGUUGUCCGCGGAGGCCCGACUCCUCCCCCCGACACACCCUAUUCUAGCGAUGAAAUUGAGGGCGUGGAGGCCAUCACUCGCGAUAACGUUGCGUCGAGACGUCUCUGGUUGGGUCUGAAGUACUGGCAGAAUGAGUCCGUCCUUGGAAAGAUCAGCAUGGUCAGCAAGCCUAAGCGACGGAUCACUCUCGACGUUGAGUCCUUGCGACGAAUUGUCCGCGGUGAUGAAGCUCACCAUGUUGCUGGUCUGCGGUCGCCUGGUGAGAGUCUCUACCUCUCCACAGAUAAGGGUAUUAUGGAGGCUCGCGAGUGUGUGGAGAAGAAGAUGGGAGGCUUGGUCCUUUGUCGCGUGCUAUAG